GUAUCAGGGCAUGAACAUGACCGUCUGUUACCCCAGUGUGGGACAAGAUGGCAUCCAGAAAGAAGGCAAUGCUGUAGCCAUAAUUGGAGCUGCCAUCAUGUACUGCUGCGUCCUCUUUGCAUGUAAUGAAGCUUCCUACCUGGCAGAGGUGUUUGGUCCGUUUUGGAUGAUCAAAGUUUACCGUUACGAGUUCCAGAAAGCCACCUGCUGCUUCUGCUGCCCUGAGGAAGAGGAAGGUGAGGAUGAGUUUGUGAUGGAUGACGAGAACAAAGGCUGUCAGAAGGUCAUUCACAACGAGACGCAGAGAGUGGCCUACAGCUACUUCUUCUUCCAUUUUGUCUUUUUCUUGGCCUCGCUUUAUGUCAUGAUGACCCUCACUAACUGGUUCAGGUUAGUUAACGACACAGUGCUUGUUCUUAUUGAGAUUCUUAUGAUUUCUAAAGGACUGUAUAAAAUUCCUAUGGAGGAGAGGGGAUCAGAAGAGGUAGAGGAUUAUGUAUUUUUUAUAUUUUUGGAAGUAGAUCAUUUUGUCAUUUGCCUUUUAGCAGUUUCUCUGGGGAUAAAUAAAGUUUGACCUUAUUU